AUGGAUGUUCUCAUAGAUUCACCUAUCGUAAAGAAUACUACUACUAGUAAUGGAGAGUUAUACCAAUCGGUAAUAGACUAUCCCAACGGUGAUGAAAAGUAUAUCAUUGUCAAGGUUACUUGGGAAGUAGAUGGUGACGAUGACGAUGACGACGAUGAAUCAUAUGUUAUCAAUGAUGAUGAUUCAGAUGAUGAUUAUGACGAUGGAUAUGAUGAUGAUCGUGAUACAAAGAAGAAACCUCAACAACCUCAACAACCACAACAACAAGCUGCUGUACCACCUCCAGAAUCACUCAAAAUAUUCAAUACAUUAAAGAAUGAUGCAUUGCAGAUGCAAACUAGAUAUGUAUUGGUAUCAACUGAUUUAGAGUAUCAUUCUGAUAUCUAUAAUUGGUAUAAAAAGAAACUAUACGCUCUUUGUGCCCAAUACAAUAGGGCAGCUGCAGCUUCUACAUCUUCAAAGUAUAAUUGUUCAACUAAAUGUCUUGGAGGUGGAAUUAUCACAAUUGAUACAAAGAAUAAAACCAUAAAGACUUAUGGUCAAAGUAUGGGUUUCGGUCCACCAAAAAUGGAUCUACUUGAAAAUAUAAUCAAUUCAAUCUAUACUAAUAAUAGUUGGAAGACUAGUAUUACUAUAACUGAUUAUAUUCGUGGUUAA